AAGUUCUGAAACGUACAAACGUAAAUGUUUGUCAUUUGACCGUUCGGGACCUGCAAGUAAGCUAUACUCUUACCCGCCAGGAACAACAGCUCCAGAAACUGGCUAAGAGGUGGCCUCUCCAAUGGAAAUCCACCAUCUCCAACUCCUCUUCUUCCCUACUCCACCUAAGGUGGAAUUCCACUCAAUCUUUUGCCGCCCAAGACGCAAACUUUGGGCUAAGCUUCCUCGCCGACCAUCAGAACCCCGAAAUCUCCCUCUUUUAUUCCAAAGGCUUCUCGGAGAUCUCCUGCCUAUUCAACGGAAGGGCAAUUCAUUGCUUAUGUUUAAGAAACUCUUGUAACCUCAGCGUCUUCCACACCAACACUCUCAUCAACCUGUACUUCAGGUUUGGCAAGCCAUCAAUUGCCCUUAAGCUGUUUGACAAAAUGCCUCUUAAAAAUCAUGCAUCUUGGAAUACCGUUAUUUCAGGGUGUGUUCGAGCAGGCUGGUCUUUCAUAGCAGCGGAGCUCUUUCAGAAGAUGAGGAAAAAGGGGGGAAAGCCCGGUGGUUUCAUGCUUGCAAGCCUUGUGACUGCUUGUAAUCAUGACGAAGAGAUGGUUGAUCAAGGAAUCCAAAUCCAUUGUUUUGUGGCGAAACUUGGGCUGAUGAGUAAUGUUUAUGUUGGCACUGCACUUUUGCAUUUAUAUGGAAAAAAUUUUCUAUUUUCUGAUGCUUGGAGAUUCUUCCAGGAGAUGCCAGAGAGGAAUGUAGUGACUUGGACUGCAUUGAUGGUGAGCUGCUCGGUGAAUGAGCAGCCAAUGGAAGCCAUAACAGCUUAUCAGAACAUGAGAAGGGAAGGUGUAGUUUGCAAUGAGAACUCCUAUGCGACGGUGAUCAGUUCAUGCGGGCUUCUUGAAAAUGAGAAGUUGAACCGCCAGGUGCUUGCCCAUGUAGUGGUUUCAGGUUUUGAAGCUGAAGUAUCAGUUGCUAAUUCUUUGUUGACAAUGUUUGGCAAUAUGGGUAGAGUAGAGGAGGCUGAGCAACUGUUUCACCGGAUGGAAGAUAGGGAUACAAUAUCUUGGAAUUCAUUGCUUUCUAUUUAUACACGCGAGGGAAUGUGUAAAGAGGCGUUGCUGUGCUUUUCUGAAAUGCGACACAGUAAUUUCAAACCUGAUAUGACUACAUUGUCCUGUAUGAUUUCUGCCUGUGCUAGCGCUGAUAAUGUGAAGUGGGGAAGAGGGCUUCAUGCUUUUGUUGUGAAGAAUGAUCUUGAACAAUUCGUUUCUGUAUGUAAUACUUUAAUAAGCAUGUACUCCUUGUUGGGAAAAACUGAUGAUGCAGAGAUUUUGUUUCGCGGAAUGCCUGUGAAGGAUGUUAUUUCAUGGAAUACCAUGAUGUCUUCAUACAAUCAGAAUGGAAACAACAUUGGUGCAUUGAAGCUCUUGUCAGAGAUGCUUCAACUGAAAAAAGAAUGUAAUCAUGUAACAUUUGCUACUGCAUUGGCUGCAUGUGCAAGUCUAGAAGCUUUUUUAGAUGGAAAAACGAUUCAUGCACUUGCAAUAUUCCUUGGUCUUCAAGAUAAUUUGGUGGUAUGUAAUUCGCUAAUCACUAUGUACAGCAAAUUCAAUGCCAUGAGAGAGGCUGAAAGGGUGUUUCAAACAAUGCCCAGAUGUGAUGUAAUCACCUGGAACGCGCUUAUAGGAGGAUAUAUGGAGAAUGAAGAGAAAAAUGAAGCCAUUCAAACGUUUAAUCAGAUGAGAAGAGCUGGAAUCAGAGGAAACUACAUUACUAUUGUGAACGUUCUAGGGGUUUGCUCCACUCCUCAUGACCUGCAGGACCAUGGGAAAGCUCUCCACACUUAUGCAAUCUCAAUUGGAUUGGACAUCAAUGAGUUUGUCCUGAAUUCUCUAAUUACAAUGUAUGCAAAUGGUGGUGAUUUCGAUUCCAGCGGCUUCAUCUUUGAUCAGAUGAGCAGCAAAAAUGUGGUCUCAUGGAAUGCUAUGAUUGCAUCAAAAGCUCAUCACGGCCAAGGGGAGGAAGCAAUGAAGUACUUCAAGGAAAUGUUUUCUGCGGGAAUUGAGCUGGACCAAUUUAGCUUUUCAGGAGGCCUUUCAGCAAGUGCUUGUUUAGCAUCAAAAGGUGAAGGACAGCAGAUCCAUUGCCUGAUCAUUAAAUUUGGAUUUGAUUCUGACCUUCAUGUGAUCAAUGCUGCAAUGGACAUGUAUGGAAAAUGUGGGAAGAUGGACGAUGCUUUGAAACUAGUUCCUGAACCAAGUAAACGUUCAAGACUAACAUGGAACAUCAUAAUAUCCUGCUAUGCAAGAUAUGGUCAAUUCAUUGAAGCUGAGGAUACUUUCAACAAAAUGCUUCUGUUGGGUCCCAAGCCUGAUUAUGUUACCUUUGUUUCUCUACUCUCUGCAUGCAAUCAUGCAGGACUAGUAGAUAAAGGUCUCACAUACUAUAACCUUAUGACUUACAAGUUUGGCAUCUCUCCCAGAAUAGACCAUUGUGCUUGUAUAAUUGACCUCCUAGGACGUUCAGGGAGGCUAACUGAAGCAGAGAAUUUCGUAGAAGAGAUGCCAAUCUUACCAAACAGUCUAAUAUGGCGGAGUUUGUUGUCAGCAAGUAGGACUCACAGGCGCUUGGAUACCGGACAGAAAGCAGCAAAGCAUCUUCUUCAGUUGGACCCUUUGGAUGAUUCAGCUUAUGUUCUUCUAGCAAACGCAUAUGCGCUUAGUGGAAAGUGGGACGAAGUUGAGAAGUUGAGAGAAUAUAUGAACUCCACCAAUUUAAAAAAGAGACCUGCUUGCAGUUGGAUCCAGGUGAAGAACAAGGUGAGUACCUUUGGCGUUGCAGACAAGGCCCAUCCUGUAGCUAAAGAAGUCUAUUCCAAACUGGAAUGGAUAUUGCAAGUGGUUAAAGAAGCAGGUUAUGUUUCUGAUACUUCACAAUCACUGCAUGACACUGAUGAAGAGCAGAAGGAAUUUAAUCUUUGGAACCAUAGUGAGAAGCUUGCGCUGGCUUUUGGACUAAUUUCUGUGCCAGCAGGGUGUACAAUAACUGUAUUUAAGAAUCUGAGAGUUUGUGGGGAUUGUCAUCUGGUGUACAAAUUGCUCAGCAAGGUUGUCGCUCGUGAAAUUGUAUUGAGGGAUCCUUACAGGUUCCAUCGUUUCAAAGGUGGGAUAUGUUCUUGUUCAGAUUACUGGUAGAAGAGGAAGCUGUUAAAAAGAAUAAGCCAAAUUAUAGGGGUAAGAUUAUGCACCUCAAUCUCUCUUUUGACCUUGCAUUAAAGUGAACUAUGG